AUGUACAAGAUCUUUUCGUCAGACUUCUUCAAUUUUGAGUUCCUGAGAAUUCUGGGGAACGCCGGCUGUUUGGGGGCCGAAAGUGGCGAGUGUCUUGUUGCACGCGCUCAGAUUAAGGAUGGAGACCCUGAGAGCUGGUAUAGAGCCUGGACAGAGCAGGCUGAUAAAGCUAUCGCCCUAGCAGAAGAAGCCCGAGCCAGUGAUGACAACGUGGGUGCCUCGUGGGCGUAUCUGCGCGCCGCCAACUAUUAUCGAGCGAGUGAAUUCUUCCUGCAUUGCAAUCCUGAGGACCCUCGCCUGCUCUCUGCUAUCACAAAAAGUGUCAAGGCAUUUGAUACAGGGUCCCAAUUCCUCGACGGCGAGGUAAAGAUUCUCAGCAUUCCUUAUGAGAAUGGGGCAUCGCUGCCAGGACGGUUGUUCCUCCCUGCCAAGAGAGGCCCUCGACCCCUCCCACUAAUUGUUCAAACGGGUGGCUUUGAUUCGACACAGGAGGAACUAUACUUCUAUGGUCCAGCAGGAGCGUUGCCUCGAGGAUAUGCUGUGUUGACGUUCGAGGGACCCGGUCAAGGAAUUGUCCUGCGACGGGACGGUCUCCACUUCCGACCAGACUGGGAGAAGGUGACCAGCAAGGUGUUGGAUCUUGUUGAACAUGAGUUAGCAGGCCUGUAUAACCUCGACAUGAAUCGGAUUGCGGUCCAGGGGGCGUCGUUGGGUGGCUAUCUCGCCCUCCGCGCAGCAGCGGAUCCCCGGGUGCGGGCCUGCAUCUCGUGCGACGGAUGCUACGACCUCUUCGACAUUACACGCAGCCGUAUGCCAGAUUGGUUCAUUAAUGGCUGGAUGAGUGGAUGGCUAAGCGAUGGCUUUUUCAAUGGGGUCGUGGGCUUCUUGUCGGCGACUAACUUCCAACUCCGGUGGGAGUUCGGACAUAGCCAGUGGAUCUACGGUGUCGAUACCCCGGCUAAUGUCAUGCGCAUGAUGCAGAAAUUUACAUUGAAAGGGGAUAAGGGCGGGGACUAUCUAUCACAGCUCAAGUGCAGCACGCUCGUUACCGGGGCUGGCGAUACCUUCUACUUCACUCCGGACAUCAAUGCCCAGCGGAUCUUCGAUCAGCUAGGCCACCUCCCUGACAACCGUAAGCAAUUGUGGAUUGGAAAGGGGGCCGAUGGGGGUGGUUUACAGGCUAAGAUUGGUUCGAUUGCGUUGAUGCAUCAAAAGAUGUUUGCUUGGUUGGAUGAGCAGUUUGGGAAGCCGUGA